GUUGAGGCCAGUGAGAAACCAAAUGACAGAAGAUGCGCUAUGCCACAGAAGUAUGCAAUUCUAUUAUGAUAUUUAUUUUGCCAUUCAUUGACAUCACUAAACAAUUUAAAUAUUUCUGAGAAAUAAUAAUGCAUUAUUAUCAUAUGACUUUUUAACCUUGUUGGGGCUGGAGGUAAUAAUUGUCAUGUUUGUGUUUUGAAGUCAAGGGAAGGGUGUGGUCACAUGUGUUUUGAAGCAAAGUCACUGGAACUUGCUGGAUCUUGUCAGCAGAUAAUUUUUGUUGAACAGAGAAAUGAUUAUGUUACAGCUAGUUGAGCUGAUACCUUUGUACCAUUUGGUUUUCAUGACCACUUUCAGGAAAUAACUGGCUCAUUUAGGGGUUCUUGUCUUGUGUUUUGGGCACAGUCAGACAAAACUACUGUCCACUGCACUGCUGGGCAUUUUUGGAUAUUCAUAGUUUGCUAAAUAAUAAUGAUUUCCUUUUUAUUUAAUUAUCUGUAAUAAAGUGAUGGUGGGAGGCUUUGCAUUCCACUCCUGCCUUGCGCUUGCCUUUCCUUGCCUAAAAAAUGCAGAAAAAUUAUGCUUGUUCUGCAGUUUAGCCCUCAAAAUAUAUUGAUAUCACAAAAAAACUUAAUUUAGUAAUAAUAAGUGCAUGGAUCUUUGCAGAACAACAGAACUUCCUGGUGAUUCAGGAUGGGAAACUAUCUUAGGGAAUGAAGAUUCACAACAACAAGAAGUAUAAAAGUGUCAAGAGAUUAUUGCAAAUCUGUUUUGUUCUUAGUCAUCUCCCUGCCUUUCAUUGUACAAGAAGUCAUUGAAUUAUUUAAAAAUGACAUCAAAUCUCUUUCUCUGCAAUGAGAAAUACCCAGUGUGCAAAGAAAGUCGUGUCCGAUAGCCCGGGGCUAGUGGAUUUUCUAUCGGGCUAGUGAUUUUUGUUCUUAACUUGCCCGACGGGCAAGUGCUGUUUUUUGGGGGAAAUUCAAAUUACAGAAAGAUUGUAGUCAAUCCAGCCAAUCAAAAAGGGUUUAGGGGCCAGCUGAAAUGACUUGUAGACUAGUACAUGUUAGCUACAGCUUGCCCAAAUGGCAGGCUGUAAAACUGACUUCCUUUGCACCCUGAAUACCUCUCUGUACCACUUCAUCACAACACAGAGAAAAGUAUGGUGUAGCUUUAAUUUGUUUCCUGUUUGUUUUAAACAAAUUUUGUUGAAGUUGCGUACAGUUAAACCCUGCAUAAUGGACACGUGCUUAAUGUGGACACCUCGUUAUUACGGACAGUUAGUUUUGCCCCUGGGGAAUGAAAGCCCUUACGUCUUCUCUAAUUUCAACCUGUUAACCGUUUAAGCCCCAAUAUCCACAUACAAAUUCUCCAGACUUAUCUCUAUACAUUUCCUUACAGAAUUAGUUGAGAGAAUUUGAUAAAAGAUUAAAGAUUUUUCUCUUUGUGAUCAUUUUAUUAAUUUCUCAUAGACUUUGCUCUUGACGUUGUAUGGAUCUUGUCAGGAGAAAAUGAAUGUUGGUCACUAUUGAGACUUAAAGGGUUAAUACGGUCACUUUCUACGGCCCCCUCAGUGCCCGUAUUAACAGGGUUCAACUGCUUACAUUGUAUUUUUUUUCUCUUUUCAUGUGCUGCUGUAGGUUUUGAUGGAUGUUAAUGUGGAUUCAUCUUCUCUUCCACUCAAAGAAGUAGAUGGUUAGUGAACAUAUCCGCAAUCAACAAAUUUCAAGCUUGAAAUGUAUUAUUAAAAUGUGAAAAUAUAGGCCUCACCCAGUUCUGCUUUCACGAUGGGUGAAAUCGAAAUUCAAGAAGACUCCUGACAUUUCACUUUCCAAAAAGAUGAAAAACUAGCAACCCUAUGUAAAAGUGCUGCUUAAGAGGUUGAACAGUCAGAUGGGAUUUCAUCCACAGUGCGAAAAUCUUUGCUAGAGCUAACAUUUAGAUAGAAAGGCUUGACAAAGGCCAACAUAUAAAAGGGACACAGAAAGAAACUAGGGAAUCUUGCAAGGAUGUCUGACUAGUGAUGCCAGUUCUGGCCAAAUUUUGAAGUACUAAAUCUGUUGCCCACUCCAUGUUCUUACAAAGAUCAUUUUUUUCUUUCUCCUCUUAGGGGAAAAAUUCCUUAAAUUCUACUGGUUUGAUGCUUAUGAGGACAGAUUCAAACAACCAGGUAGAGUUGGUCAAGGUUGCUGGACAGUUGAAUUAUUAAGAACGUCACUAGCUUCACUGUACGUUUUGAAUGUUCUGUGAAUUAUUCUGUUUCCUACAGGUACUGUAUACCUUUUUGGCAAGGUUUGGAUUGAAGCUGCAAAAGCAUAUGAGGUAAUUACCGUUUAUCUGCAUUUUGUUUUUCUCUUUAAAUAAGUUCGGAAAUCCCACAUGGGAAACCAGAAGGACCACUUAGUGGACUUGCAACCGCCAAUUAAAAAUUUAUCUUUUUUCUUAUUAGCUGUUCAGUGGCAGUCAAGAACAUUGAGAGACAAAUAUUUAUUCUCCCCAGAGAAAAGGUGAGAGAAUGAAUGUAAAAACAUUGCUGCAGUUGUUGAGUUCUUCUUGCAUGUCUUCUCAAAUAUUAUCUGUACCUGUUCCAACAGUGUUCUAAAAUUAAUUGAUGUUUUUUACUUUAUAUUAUUUAGAAGCUUGAAGUUGAUGGUUCUGAAACUGAUGAGCCUGUUGGGUAUAUUGAUGUUUACCAGGUAAAAAAAAUAAUGAUUUGAUUUUAAUCAUAGUAAUUUUGAUUACUGUAUUCCAUUGGCAGAUUGAGGGGUGGGCCAAGGGGGCCGCGACCACCCCUUUUCCUUUGAAAAUUAAUAUUAUUUUUAUAGAAUUUCGUCUCAGAAAAAUAUAAAGUAUCUAGAGUAGAGCUGUUAAGUGUCCCGCCCACUCCUUUCUGAAUUUUCUGGAUCUGCUGCUGUAGUCCUUCUAAUAACUCCUCCCCUGAUAUUUAAGCCCCCUCCUUUAAAUUUUACUAGUAAAGCUGCGCUCUCUUGACUAAUACUCACCCCCACCCCCACCCUUGGUGGCCAACUUCCACAUAUUAAAAUGGGUAUUGAGGUUCACCGAUCUCCUCAUACAACAUUCUCUCUACUGAUCUCCACAUAUUCCAUCAAAGAAUUACUUGAGAGGGAGAGAGUAAAAGAUGAAAGGGUUCUACCUUAGGAAGUUAUUAAUCAUCUUGACAUUUUCUCUUUAUGGUGCAAUGAUCUCGUUAGGAGAAAAUUGAUGUUGGUCACUUUUUAGUCUUCCCAUGGUGAUCAUAGUACGAAUAACCAUGACAUUGAGAGGGCUAAAUUUCAUCACUUUCUUGUUAUUUCUUUUUCAGGAGUUUAAUGAUAAGAUUGCAACAAAGCACAAGAUCAUGAAGUUCAUUUCUAGGGUAGUUCAGAUUGUUUAAAUAAUUUUGAUUGUUGCCACUUUUAUGCAGUUCUGUUGAUGGGUGUGUGUAACUUAUGUCCCUAGAAAGUCCAAAAGGCUUAUGCAUUUGAGAUUCAAGAUGUUCCUGUGACAUCAGAGUACCUGGAGGUCAAAUAUUCGGUGAGAGAUGAUAAAUUUUAGGUUAUAACAGAACAAACAUACCGGUAAACCAGUUUUUAGACUUGUGAAAAUAAUUUUUUUUAAGACACACAAGCUUUCCAUUCCAUCUUGGAAUCUUUAUCAAGUGAUGGAGUUUUAAUCUUUCUUUUUUUUUUCAAGUGAUUUAUACUGUGAAUCAGGUGAUGAGCAGUUCUGUAGAUCAUGGGAGCUCAUAACUGGCAUAAUAAUUAUUGUUAGAACCCAACAACUGAUUUCAGUGUUGUCCAUGACACUUAAUUUCAACAUGUUAUCUUCCCUUGCAAAUAUUGAGGAGGAGGAGGCGGCGAUAUCCAGGGCGUGACCUGAAUACUUGAGGGGGUUCCCCCACUGUCUUUGUUGUUGCUUUAGUGUUGGAAAUGUGUUCCCUGAAUCUAACUCCAAAAGGUCAUGUGAUUUUGUAAGUGAUAAUUUGGUUGCUGGAAGUGUUUUUAACAAAGGUCACUUGUUGAAAGAUAUUUGCUCUUUCCGAAUUUGAUAAAGACAGUAAGGAUAGACUUGAGAAGGGAAGGUGCCAGGAUGGGCUCUAAGCUGUAAAGGCUUAAAAAAAGUUUAAAGGUUUUUUUAUAGCGGAAAGUGCACUUAGCUUAUCCAGCUAGUUUAUAGGCACUCCAGUCAAAUAAUUCUGAAACAAAUAAUGCAAAUAGAACAUAACAGGAAUAAACAAAAAACUUGGAGGAGGUAACCAGUUGGCUAUUUACAAGCGUGGCUUAGGAUUUGAACUUGGGACGACCAAGAACAAAUCCAGCAAGUGGCCAAAGUGGGACUCGAACCUCGGGACUGACGGAUUGGGAGUCUGAUGCGAGUACCACUUGGCCACGCUGCUGCCCCAGUAAGGGUACUAGGGGAGGAAUCUUUUCGUCUUCUAAUUUCAGCCUUGAACUCCUUCUCCUGAGUCGGAAGAUGAAAGGUCCUUGUUGGCUCAAUAUUAAGAUGCCUCGUAAGUCUUCUCACUGACCAUUACUUAGCAAAUGGUUAAUAAAACCUCAGUAUGCACCAUUGUAUUAUUGAUGUACAGACUAGCCACUAGCGUAAUAGGAAAGACUGUUGACACUUGUGAUAUCAAGUACAGUAAAAACCCGCAAGUAAGAACCUACAUUUUCUGGAGUUAGCCUAAACAGGUUCUUAUUUAAAUGGUAGUUAACACAAUUUUAGGCUAUUUAGGUUCUUAAAUAGGUUCUUAUUUCUGUAAAAAAAAUUAAAUAAAAGAACAAGCUACAAAACAAGAUGGUAAUCAGCCUAUUGGUCAAUUUCAAAAUGCGAUACAACGAUAUUAACCUUUGGCACUUUAUUUUUUUAUUACAUCAAUAAAUUAGCACUUUUAUUUGCACAGCAAUGCCAAGUUCCUAAUUCUCCAAACAGGAUUCUUGCACAGUUUUGCAGCUGCAUUUCAAUAAUAUGAUUUUAAAAAAUAAGAACCUGUUUUUCAUUUUCUAGGCUAAACAGGUUCUUGUUUAUAGGGGAUAUAAAUGGCAAAUUUUAGGCUAACAGGUUCUUAAUUUUCAGGUUCUUACUCGCGGGUUUUUACUGUAAUGGUACUUGUUUUAAAGAUAAGCAGGGGCUACAGCUGUAGAUGUCAAAAGUUUCCAGAUAUUGAACAGCUCAGAAGUUCUUUUGGUUUUCUUUUCCUUUUGUUUUCUAUGAAAGAAGCCAGGUGUCAUGCUUAUAGUUGCCAGGGGAAAUCCCUGGUCCCUGGCCCUUGAUGAUGGCCUUAAUAUGGUUGUGAACAGUUGCUUUGAAUUUGGUGGAAUUACCAUAUGAUGUAAUAUAAAAAGCACCCAUAAAAUACCCACACCUCAACACAAUAAUUGUCAAUACUCAGCAAUGAAAAAAUUAAUAUUUUAUUCUUGUCCCUAAGUUUUCCUUGUACUGAGUUGUAUGUUGUUGUUGACUGUAUGUACAAGACUGGAAAAAAAACUCAAACAGAUAAUUUUUUUUGCCUUCAUCAGAGCUCCCUCAGCAAUCUGUUAGUUGGUGUAAAGUUGAGGUAGGAAAUUUUUUGUUUAGUAUCUGAACAAUACUUUUUUUUCAUUAUUUUGUUUUCAUUAAGUGUAAAAUCAUUAUUACUAUUUUGCAGGCUGUAGUCACAAAACCUGAUCAUGUUGAAGUGGCAAGUGAACAAAGUCCUCCUUCACCUAUGGUAAGAUUGUAACAGCAAAAUUAGUGAGCAAGUAAAGAAGAGGGGUGCAUGCUAACACCUAGUGCUGCUGGUUUUCAUUAUCAUUAUCAAUAUCGUUAUCAUUAUCAAUAUCAAUAUCAUUGUUAUUAUCAUUAUCAUUAUCAUUAUCAAUAUCAUUAUCAUUACCAAUAUCAAUAUCAUUAUCAAUAUCAAAAUCAUUAUCAUCAUCAAUGUCAUUAUCAAUAUCAUUAUCAUUAUCAAUAUGAUUAUCAAUAUGAUUAUCAAUAUCAUUAUUAAUAUCAUUAUCAAUAUCGAUAUCACUGUGAUUAUCAUUAACAAAAUCAGUAUGAUUAUCAUUACCAAAAUCAUUAUCAUUUAGGUUGGUUUUGGCCAAUUCUCUAUUUUCUCUGCGAGACAUCAACCUGACACUGGUACUCUUGCCCCCCAGAAGACACGUGGUAUGGCGUGGUAUGGGUGUUAAGGGUUCUAGGUGAGGGCUUAAAAUCAGCGUGCGCGGAUAUUUUUCAUCGGACCUUUCUCUGUUUGUUGCACCAUACUGACGAGCCCCAAGAAGGGCGAAACAGCUGUCUAUGGCUACAAUCCCAUUCUGUUUUGAGUUCUUUUGGUGUCGUGUUAAUGUCUUGCAGAGUUAACUUUCACGUAGUACGAUCAGCAUUGCAGUAUUCUGCUUGCAGAAUUUAAUAUGUCUACAUCAUUAUCAUUAUCAAUAUCAUUCUCAUUAUUAUGUUUUGUGUAGGUUGUUAUGAGCCUUAGUUUUAGGACCAUGUUAAACACCAAGACUCACACCCACGAGGUAAGCAAUGAGUAAAAUCAAGCACUAAAAAUGUUUCGUUUUACUUUCUGAAAUGCAUUAAUGGGAUGCCUGUUAAGAAUACCUUCAGCAAUGCUAGAGAUGGGCUACCUGUGAAGUUGGAUUACCUCAAUUGUUGGGCUUCCUGUGAAGAUGAAUUGACUUUGGACCAGGGCUUGUGAUUUGGGAUUAACAAUCAACAAGUUCUUGAAUAGUGAACGUUUUUUCUAAGAAGAGGUGCUGCUUAAGAACCUGGUUCUCGCUGAAGACGGGCUUCAAUACUUACCCCUCUUUUAAAACCAGGGUCAAAGCCUCGGCAGGCGGGGGAGACUCCCAUAGGAAAGAAUGCUCGUCCGAAACUUUGAAUUAAACCCCUAUUGGUGACCAAUCUGGGCGUGGCCCAACCUUUUUUUGACCCCUAAGAGAGACCAUUUUAAACUUUGAUUACAUGAAUCGAGAAAAUAUAAAACGAAUUAAAAAUAUUUAAUUUGUUAAUAUUUGUUCGCGUGCAACACUAACAGAGACCUUUACGGCUAAAUAUAAUGGCGUUUUGUCCAGAACACCCUAACUGAGACUAAAACCCGAAAUUUACACCCCUAAGCGAGACGAUGAGCAUCCCCGCUGCUUUCAUAUAGGAGUCCUUCCCCCGGGGGAAACCCUUCCCAGUUCUGGUGAGAAGAAUUUCCAGGUCAUUUGACUUUUUAUUCUCUGUUGUGGUUUAGAUCUUGGCUGUGUCAGCUCUGGUUCACCAUGACGUGUCCUUAGAUAAGGCUGCUCCAAAACAGAAAUUCCAAUAUCACUUUUGUGGUAAGUUAAAUGAAGUACCUCAUGGUUACAAGCCUGCAAAUAACUUUUGGCUGUAGGGUGGUCAUGUGACUGGACAAGGACCAGGUUUUGCGGGUCAAAACACCAGUCUGGUAGGUCAGAAAAGGAAAAAAGGAAGAGAGAGUGACAGACCAGGCCAAGCUUUAGCCCGUCAAAAUCCAAAAUUUGUCGGUCGUUUGACCGAUGACUGGCUGUUAUUUGCAGGCUUGGGUUAGCUCAGGUGACAUUACAAUCGCCCUCAUACCAAGUGAAAGUAGGGAAACUAAGUUGGAAAUGACGAGAAUGGAUGGCGUUCGAGUUCAGAGAGCUGGGGAGCCUAAGCAACGACGACGGUGACGGCAACAAGAACGGCAAAAUGAAAAAGGUUUAGGUUGGCAAAACAACAACUCGGCACGUGCAUCACGCUUUUUUGUACAUUUCUUUGUCGUCGUUGCACGACUACGACGUGAAAGUGCCUAAUUUCACGUUUUGUCGAGGACGGAAACACAGGACAACAACUCUCUUUUUCUUUUCUUGAACUUUGAUACAGUCCUUCAGAACUCAACUCCCAAAGAAUUGCCAACAUUUGACGAAUUAAACGAGAUGGAAUAAGCGCGAUUAUGUUUGAGGCAGCACGAAUUCACUUCUUAAGUGACGUUUUCGUAGCUUUCUCCGUCGUUGUGGUUUAAGCUCCCUAGCGAUGGUAAAAUUAAUCGUUUUGCCGUUUCCGUUGUCAAGUCAACUUAAAAUUGUAGUUGUGCAGUGACGGCAAAGAAAUUUACAAAAACGCGUGAUGCACGUGCAAAGUUGUUGUUUUGCUCUCUAAAUCUAUUGUGUUUCGUGUUUUUGUUGCCGUCGCCGCCGUAAUUUCGUUAGGUCUAGCGUCAUGAAUGACUCUUACUGAUAUGAAAAUGAAAGCCUACCUUUUAAAUUACUAGUUCUGCGAGAGUUUGUACCGGUCAUCUUUGUUUUUCAGCUGUUAGCAAGCCAAAUGAUCAGAUGUACCCGUAUGACUUUAAAGAUCUUGUCAGAAAAAAGGUAAAGUCGACUUCUGAAUAGGCAAGAGGUAGAGAAUAUUUGGUGUUUUCCACCGAUAUAACCAUAAGCACUACAGUUUCUACCAAACCCGUCAUUCAACAGACAUUUAAGUCAAAGCGCAAAAUCAGCAUUGAAAAACAUAACUUUUAGAAAAACAAAAUUGGGAAGAGGCAUACCCUCAAUCCCCCCAUGGGUCCCUCAAGGGAAGGGUUUAGGUGGGGAUUUAUGCCAAUCCCUUCAAUCCCUGACCCUGUUUAAGAUAAACACCGUUCAUUUUACUACAUUGUUCAGGAAAAGAUACAUUUUUUUCCUAGUGACCCUAAUUCAUUUUGCUUCGCAUACAGAAUUCAAUCUCUUUUAGAAAGUGACAUCAUUGAAUUAAUGAAUAAGAUUUUUUUAAAAAACAUUAUUACCGCUCAAGUAGACCACUCACCACAAGUGUCCGCACCCUGUUCAAGGCUUCCAGUCCAGAAAGACACCCCAGUGUUCAAGACGCUAAGUAAUGGUAACAGGACUGAGUGGAGUCCAAUUCGGUCUGUAAUCAUACGAGUGAUUAAUUAAUCAUAACUUUAACAAAAUUUGUGAUACAAUAGGCUAUUUUUUAAACCAAAACACACGAAAUUCGACAUUUUGUUUUGCUAGCAGUGAAAAAAAAACCAUUUAAGCGCGCGCGUGAUGGCGCGUACUGUCCAAUUACUUAGGCAUGACGCGUACUGUCCUAUUAAACUGUCCAAUUAAGGCUGGAAUCAGGGCAGUUGAGAGCCAAUCAGAUUUGACAAUUUUGUUAUAGUUAUGAUUAAUAUCGAAAUAAUGUACCCUAUUUGUAGCAAACCAUUAACGUUGCAUUCAUGGCUGUGAUACGCAUUGAUGCAUUUUCUUCAGUUCCUUUGGCCAACAAAAAAAAAGAAAGAAAAAGUUGUAGGAUCAUAACUACCGUAUUUAUUCGAAUAAGCGCCCAACCUAGAAUUAGCGCCCACCUCGAAUAAGCGCCCAUCCUAAAGGCAGAAAAAGUUAAUAAGCGCCCAGCCUCGAAUAAGCGCCCACCCCCUCCUCCUCCCAAUCAAACUCAAAUAAGCGCUCACCCCACCCACUUGAGUGAAUAAAUUCUAAUAAGAGACUUCCCCGAGGACGGUGUUUUCUUCAGAGUAUUUUACAGAAACCUUGCUUUGUUACUUCUUCGCGUUUUGUUGCAAAAUAAACAUACUUCACUUGCUGAAAAUGGUGAAAAUUUAAUAAACGCCCAGCCUCGAAUAAGCGCCCACUCUCAAGGUCCAAAAAUUUAAUAAGCGCCCAGGACGGUUAAUCGAAUAAAUACGGUACUUUUUGGAUAGAUUACUAAUUUUCACGGGUACUUUGACCCCACGGAUUAUCUUUUGCAACGGUUCACGAAAUUGUGUGUGUCUGCGUUAACACUUUUCGUUUUUUUUUUUCCGUAGCAAAUUAAAAUGGAGAUCACUGCAUCAGAGAGAGCACUUCUCGGCUUAUUUAUGGCAAAGAUUCACAAAAUUGACCCUGACGUGCUGGUGGUAAGUCUAUUUGCAGCUUGUUCUUGUUUGCCUCAGUGAUGAUUUUCUCAGUUAUUCUCCUUCGCAUUUCAUCUUAAAACGACACGACUCUAUAUAUAUGUAAUAGCCCACUAGCAGCGAAAAGCGCGGGCUUUUUGGCGGCAAAAAAGGAUUAAAGUCUAGCUUUAACUACAGUCUCAGACAAAAAUAGUUGGGACACCUUAACCAAACGCUGUUUUUUCCGUUCUCGUGCUCCCCUCGUACCUCUCAAAGUUGUUUAUCGCGGUUUGGUCACCAAAUCUUGUACACCAACAUUGAGGGGACAAGGAGACCCCAAAGUGUCCCAACCAUUUUGACUGAGACUGUAGCUAUUUUUUUUAUUCUCGAUAUUUUUGACCAACUAGUUGGAUUUUACUAAAACAAUUAUUCCUCUCGCCCUCAUGGCCUCUUGAGUCAAUAGCCCAUUCGGCCUUCGGCCUCAUGGGCUAUUGGCUCAGAGCCCAUUUGGGCUCGAGGAAUAAUUGUUAAUUAAACGUUUCUAUGGUAUUAUAGGGUCAUGACAUUUAUGGAUUCGAUCUAGAUCUUUUGUUGCACAGGAUUAAUGCUUGUAAGGUAAGUACAAUGAUUCUAAUUGUUAACGAAUUUAAUAAUGAGUUCUUGAAGCAGUUCUGAUAUAUUAAAUGGCAAAUCUCCUUUUUUUGCUCCUUCCGACGCUAAACAAUGCUAACGCGUUUCCUUUUUUCAUAUAGAUACCUCACUGGUCUCGUCUUGGACGACUCAAAAGAACCAUAAUGCCAAAACUCUCGGUAAGAAGCUUCGAAAAAGCCUAGUUGUUUGUCUUCCGCCAUCAGGGAUUUUAGACGAUGUCAUUGACAUUGGGCAUAUUGAUUUCCGUUUGAGACAGGGUCCGUGCUGUGUCGAAUUGCACUAUGGGACUGUUUUGGGGAAGCUAUCGCUUCUUUCAUUGGCUAUUACGAGGUUGCCAAGGAAACUUGGUCACAAUUCGUCCCCCAAAACGUCCCAGCAAGAACGACAGCGACGACAAUGAGAAUGUCAAAAUAGCAAUAGAUUUAGAUUGGCAAAACAACAACUUUGCACGUGCAUCACGCUUUUUCGUACAUUUCUAUGCCGUCGUUGCACGACUACAACGUGAAAGUGCCUAAUUUCAGGUUUUGUCGAGGACCUGUACACAAGACAACAACUUUCUUUUUCCGAAAAAGAAAGUUGUUGAACUUUGAUACAGUCCUUCAGAAUUCAACUCCCAAAAAAUUUGUCCACAUGUGACAAAUUAAACGAGAUGUAAUAAGCGCGAUAAAGUUUUAGGCAGCGCGAAUUCACUUUUUAAGUGACGUUUUCGUCGCCGUCGUUGUUGCUAAACAAAUGUACAAAUAAACGUGAUGCACGUGCAAAGUUGCUGUUUUACUGCCGUUCUGGUUGACCUCACCGUCGCUGUCGCCGUCGCUGUUGUUUAGGCUGUGUUUACACUACAGUCGACUCUCUCUUAACGGACACCUCUAUAAGACGGACACUUAUACAGUCGACUCUCUCUUAAGGGACACCUCUAUAUGACGGACACCUCUGUAAAACGGACACUUAUAGUUGGUCCCUGCCUUUCUUUACUCCCUUCCUUUGACUCUCUAUAAGACGGACAUCUCUCUAAGACGGACACUUAGUGCCUGUCCCAGAGGUGUCCGUCUUGGAGAGAGUUGACUGUAAACCCGGAACACUUAACCGAUAUGUGACUCUCCACUUUAGAGAUCGUCGGCUCGGCACAGCUUCGCUCCGUUACAGAAAUCGGGAUGAAAUCACCGUUCUUAUGUGUAAACAGAAGCCAUAUCCGGUGUGGUUUCUGCGCCGGCGCAAAAGCUUUCGGGUUUAGUGUGAUUGAACAUAGACUUAACCUCUCCAAUAUCGAUUCAGUUUCUCGAAAGAUUUCUUACUGAAAGAUGCAAUUUUCACAACCCAAAUGUAACUUUAAGAGACGUGCUAUACUCCGUUAAACGCCUGAACAACAGCGCGUUCUUUUCAAUACUUUCAAUCUUUUUCCAGAGUGGCGGGUUUGGCAAGGGUGGUAAUCUUGAUCGCUGCAUUACCAGUGGGCGUAUGGUCUGCGAUGUCAAGAUCUCCUCCAAGGAGCUUAUCAGAUGCAAGAGUUAUGAUUUAACAGGUAUGCCUUCUGCAUUUAGCUUAGUUAAACCACACAAGGAGUCCACCACUACUCUAUCUACCAGCGCUUUCAAUAGUGAGCCUUCCGCAUUUGGCUUAGUUAAACCUCAGCAUCGGCCUACUAUUACCAGCGCUUUUAUUGGUCGUGGUUACACUCACUUUGUUGUUAUAUAUAAAGAGGUAAAAGCGGGCACACUCAUGUUUGUUUCCCGCGGUACUUCCUCGCCGCGUACUAAGCAUCUUUUACGCGGGAAAUUUCGUAUUGUCUCUUUGACGGGUAUUUUAUCGUUGAACAAAAAAAACCCAAGAUAAACUACUCGGUAGCGAUCGUGGUUUGCUUCUCUUGAACUUUUUAAAGUUUCCUUGGUUUAUUUUUUCGUAUGAUGGACAACACUCGCCGUAAGGACAACAUUUGACGCGGGUAAACUACGAUCAUUUUUAUCUUUCCCCGAGGUAAGCUUGUUGCCUUUUCCCGAGCCGCGGGUAAAACGCCUUGUCGCGCGCGUAAAAUACUAAGCGCACCCUCAGUUUUAACGUGACUCGCCCUUUUUUAACAUCCAAAUUACUGAGUUUUAUACACGCUUCUCUUUUUCCCAUUUUUUCCUAGCACUAUCGUGGGCCGUCCUUCAGUCCAGAAGAGAAGAAAUUGACCAAGAUGAAAUUCCAAACAAGUUUAAGUAAGUAAUCAAGGAAAAUCUUUAGUCGUAGCCAAAUGUUCUUGCGUCGUACGUCACAUUUUUGCUCACGAAUGUCAGAAAGUGUUCCCCCAUGUUGACUGAUGUCUAACAGAUCAACACUUUUUUUGGUGGAUAAAUGGUUCGUUUUGGGUAGUAAUUGUUUAAGAAGUCCUUUUAGUUAAUUUCAAUUUUCUUUAUUUUUUCUUCAGUUCUUCUCACGAACUCCUUCACAUGUUUGAACUGACUUCGGUAAGUGCUGAUCGAUAUGUGUCAUUGAUCACAUUUGGUCGUGUGAUUGUGUGUGUGUGUAUCUCAUGCAUUUCCCGUUUUUUUUUUUCAGAUGGACGCUUUGCUGUCUCUAAGGAUCAUGUACGAUUUGAACGUAAGUCUUGGUUUUUUUCCCCUUAAAAUGUGAUUUCCACUCUCGGUAGACCUCCUGUCACAUAAUCAAUUUUUUCUAACUGAACUUCCGUCAUUUUAAUUCUUCGCUUUGUCCCCCAAUUGAAAUAAAAGCCCCGUCCACUCGUGUCCGUGUUUGUUUGAACACGGAUAUAUUUUUUUCUCCGGUUUGGUUUUGUGAUAGCCGGGUCUGCGAAAUUGAAAAGGCGCGAAAACGAAAAAAAAAACUUGAGGAAACUGCGGAGAGGAAGGGCGCCACCGCCCUCUUUCCCCCCUUUUCAACUUUUUUUUAGCAUCAUUUUUACUUCUAGGUUCUACCACUGGCUCUACAGAUAACGACUAUUGCUGGAAAUGUUAUGGUGAGUCUUUAAAUUCUCUUCAAUUUCCAUAUAUAAUUACCGUUUGAAAAUAUUGAAACUUGAAAUUACAAUCAAUGACCAAUAAUCUUGCUUGAUUUUCAGGCCCGCACUCUUCUUGGUGGUCGAUCAGAAAGAAACGAAUUUCUUUUACUUCAUGCCUUCAACGAAAAGUAAGACUUUUUACUGCUCAGUUUCGUAGCAGGUUCUUUUUCAAAUGUCCUAAACCCAGAACAACAGUGAUCACGCUAACCCGUCACCACAAAGGCAAACAAUCAAAUGUCAAUUUGGGAGCAGUAUAUGAUUCUAGGAAACUACCCCACCUACCCCUCCCCUAAUCCAAUUGUAACUCAUACUUCUUGCGAGGGCAAAAUGUUGGGUUGGGGGAGGGGUAGGUUGGUAUUUUUCAAGAAUCUCGAACCAAAUGCGGGUGAUCGGCGCGAAGCGCGGGAAAUCUUCAACCUCGUUCCCACGAGUAAGGAGAAGACCCUGUGAACGAGGGUUGGGGAAAUUUUGUGCGGAUAAGUUGCGGUCAGUGUUGGUUUUAUUAUGAUCUGUUGAGAAACUGGGAUGAUUUUUUUUUCAGUCGAUUAGCUAGUGCAGCCAUGAAAAACACAGUUGCAUAGUUACAUUAAGCAUCAGUGAGAUGUAUAAAAAACUUUUAAGUCAGAUUUAUAUUUUUAUUUUAUUCCACAGGAAUUUCAUCUGCCCUGACAAAAGUUACGGCAAAAAACAAGUGGUGAGAAUUAAGACAACAUUCAGUACCGCUGUUAAUUUCACAAACUGUCGAAGCGACCCUGCGUUUUCCCAGAAAAAUUCUGGCUUAUUUCUAUUAAGCGCCUUGAACUCUAGUCUGUGAACAAGCACUCCAUUUGGCGGCUUUCGUGAAAAGUCACGGGCGAGUGGCACGCGAGACGGAUACCGCUCACUCGCGCGUUCUCUCGCGGCUUGCUUUGACAAUCUUGUUAAAAAGAGAGUUUUCUUGGGGGUUCGAAUCAUAAUACGUUUUCCGUUCAUUUAUAGGUUGAGGCAGAGCACGAUGAGGAGGAACAGACACGAAGCGCAAAGAAAGGAAGAAGAAAACCAGCUUACGCCGGUGGUCUUGUGUUAGAUCCCAAGAAAGGUAUUUAGCUUAGUCUGUUCCAGAUUCCAAGUUACUUAGUGGGGAAAAGGAGAAGAAGCACCAUUGCACGAUUUGAAAAAGAGUAGGUUUUUUGGUCUAUCUGACUUGUGCCGUUAUUAGUCUGGGGCGGGGGGUUCAGAUGGACUGAAGAGGAAUAAAGUGCGGCUUUCUAACAGACGCCUUAUCUCUACAAUGAGGCUACCGGGUGCAAGAAACAAAGUUGUCAUCGUGAAUUUAUUUACUUAUUUUUAAUUUGCCUUUGAAAAUCAUGAUUUAACCCCCUCUUAUUGGAAUGGGUAUGUUAAAAUUCAUUGCUUCCCCUGUGGACCACUGAGUUAUUUUUUUCACGAUAGUUAAGUAACAAAUCGCGUGGGACGUUUGUAAAAAUCAUAGUUCUCACUUCACAGGAUGUCGAUCAUCAUUCAGGUGUGCAGCAAAUUCUAAAUAGGUCGUGAUGUUACUCGCGUGAAUCAUGUUUCUCAUAUAAUGUACUUUUUCUAGGUUUCUACGACAAACACAUUUUGCUGCUGGAUUUCAACAGUUUGUACCCGUCCAUCAUUCAGGAAUAUAACAUUUGUUUCACUACUAUCAGUAGAACAACCUCUGGCUCUAUCAGUGGAGUGAGUUAAUUGAUUUCAUUAGUUUCUGUUCUUUUAGUACUGUUUAUAAAACGAGCUGGAAACUUUCGAGACUGUUAUCAGGUUUAAGCCAAGAGUUUUUACACCUUAUAAUACACGAAGAUGUAGCAGCAGUGUGCAGUAUGGAUGAAAUGCUAAUUUAUAAAAAGUGUGUGACCGUUUUAGUAAAAUCCCAUGAAACGUAGUACUUUCCUGUGGUUUUGUUUAUUGUGUUGUACAAGACGUUUAUAACUUUUGAACCUAUGGUUGAAAUCCUUGUCUGGUCCCCGUUGAAAUUUAAAAACCACUGGGUAGUACAGUCAACUUUCUCUAAGACGGACACCUUUGGGACCGGCACUAAGUGUCCGUCUUAGAGAGGUGUCCGUUAAGAGAGAGUCGACUGUACUUACUAUGCCGUACCAGAUGGCUGAAACGACUGAGUUUGUAGAUGAAAUUCGUACGUGUGACCAUUGCGAGAAAAUUUUCAGCACUUUCUUGCUUGUAAUGGGGUGUGUAACUGCGUAAAAAAGUCAGUAUGUAAGACCUCUUCAAGUAAGACCACACGAACCGCCCUGCCUCCUUGUUUUGAUAGGUUCGAAAAGCACUUUCACCAUUUAUUGUCAGUUUUGUUGACAAUAUUAGAAACAACAUUUCAACAAUCACACGGACAAUGUUUCUCGAUUUAUUAUUCUUUACCAGUACUUACAUGCUCUCUUAGGAGAGUAUUCUUCCUAAAAGCCUUGUGAUUUUCUGUACUGUAGAGGCGAAAAUUUGAAAAGUAGUUAAUUUUAUUCCGACAGGCUGACGAGAAUGAAGUUGUUGAGUUACCUGAUCCAGAUUUAGAGCCUGGUAUCCUUCCAACGGAGAUCAGAAAACUGGUAGAACGAAGAAGACAGGUUGGUAUCUGCGUUUCUAACUUUAAGGUGUUCUGUCACCAGGAUAUUGCGAGUGUUUUAGGUCAAUCAUGUGAUAAAGUCAUUGUUUAGUGCCUUAACCCAUACAUAAAAUGCUCCUGUAGUGUAAUGAAGAAGAUAGAGCGAUUUUCGUAUGACCUUGAAAAAUGGUUUCGGUAAGUGUUCGUUAUUUGUUUUAUCAGCCAAUGGAUGAAGAGAUCAAAACAUGGCCUCUUUGUUUUCCCGCCAAAGAAAACCUUAAUAUGGAGAAGGCACUGUUCGAUUGGCCAAUCGUGUUGCAGUAUGACGUCAAAGCGAAGUAUCGAUUGAUUUCUAGAAAGUUCUCGAGCAUGAAGUUUUUUUACGCGAGCGUUCGCUUAUCCAACCAAAAGCCACCCGCGUUUGUAUCUGUUCGAUAAACCAAUCAAAUCGCCCUAUUUCCUUACGUUUGUUGUGCUUGUUUUGUUUGCGCGUUUUCACUUCGAGGACAUACGAAAAUCGCUGUAUUAAAAAAAAUUCCAUUAGGCAGCAUUUGCCAUAAUUUUUUGGUGGUUUUUGCAUGCAUAGCAUUAAAACUUGAAAAGGUUCAAUCCUUAUACAGCCAAACCACUUUAAUACGGACUCUGAGGGGGCAAUAAAAAGUGUCCAUAUUAAGCGAGUUGAAUUUCGAGGAAAUAUAAGGGCUAGGUACAAGAAAAACUGUCCGCAAUAACGAAGUGACCGUAAAGUGGGGUUUCACUGUAUAUUCUUGCCGUCAAUAGCAACAGGUGACAGGAAGCACACAGUUUCGUUGCCUAAAUAACAAAACUGGACCAUUGGAAUUCAGUUGAUGUACGUUUUAGCUGUUUAAAAGGAAAGUAAACUGAAUAGCUUCAAAUACCCUCUUUAAUCACUUGAAAAAGUGAUUGAAUCGUGACAUGCUGAUUAAUUCAUUUCACAACUUUAUUUUAAUUACAUACAAACAAGGCCUCCCUUGUGAGCUCGCACGGUGAUAGCGUAAGAAAGGCUGACUAAACGAGAUUAAGAGUUCCGUCUGUGGAUGUAACUGCGGUCGUCGGUCAACAUCCUCAGGUAACAGUGCACUGUUACCCUCUGACUUCAUAGAUUUUGCAACGUUGCCCGCUUAGAGAUUUUGGCGGGAAACAGUUUUAUUGGAAGUAACCAAUGAGAGCGCACGCUGUUGGGAAGAAAUUUCCAGCUAUGUAACAAUAUUUCUUGUUCAACGCAAGCCUUUUUUUUUGCAGGUGAAGGGCAUGAUGAAGAACCUCAAUCGAGAAUCAGAUCAACAUAUUCAAGUAAGUUGAUGUUAGCCAAGAUCAGCUAGAAAUGUAUCUUAUGGAAACUGAAAAAAAUGCCGGAGCAACUGUAGCGCAAGACAGUCAAUCUUUUUCGAAUGGGUAAUUUAUUUCUACUCGUUCAACAAGCGGCGACAUCGUUCGUCAUUUGUUGAGCAACUAAUUGUUAAACGAUGUUGAGCAGUGAGUCAUAGGCUUUAGUAGUCUUCCUUUAUUUGACGGGUUUAGAGAUCUAGCACGCAGGGUUAACCCCCCCCCACCCCUCACCCGCAAGUAGAUUUCUCUGAGAACCUGUUUAUAACCAAGACCUUUGUUUUUGUUUCAGUACGAUAUCAGACAGAAAGCUUUGAAAUUAACUGCCAACAGGUAAAUGAGAUGUAGACAUAAUGGAAAGGUGUCAUUCGUCUAUAAAUUAAAACAUAAUGCAAGUCAGUGUACUUUUCAACUAUUUUUUGUCAAAAAGUAUCUUUUUUGGGGCCUUUUUAUUCAACGUUUUUUUCACGUUAGUCUGGUGUACAGACUAAAUGUACUUAAUAUGAGGUAAAGUAAACAUCUAAAGAUAGCAAAUAGCCUGACAAUUAAAUGUUCCUGAAAGUUACACGGGACGAUUCGCAACGACGAUUUUUAGUGCAACACAGCGUUGCGAUGUUGGAACAAUGUUGCAGGCAUUCAAAACAAUGUUGCAACGCUGUCUUGUGCUAAAAUUCGUCGUUGCAAAUCGUCUGUUGAAACAUCACCUUUAUUCAUCCGCUUCGUUUUUUCCAGUAUGUAUGGUUGCUUAGGAUUUUCACAUUCUCGUUUCUACGCCAAACCUCUGGCCGCUCUCGUAACAAGCAAAGGGCGAGAGGUAAGACAAGCAAAUCUUAACAACCAUUAGACUUGUUGUUUAUUUGUUUAUUUACUAAGUUUGCCGUAUAAAACGAUACAGUGAAACCUAGAUAUAACGAAGUGCCAAGGGACCGGCAAAUUUGUUCGCUAUAUCGAGGUACUUUUUCUUAUACCGUAAAUCCUCUAUUAAGCCCCCCAGGGGCUUAUUUUUUUCAAGCACUUUUGAGGGGGGCCUUAAUAGAGAGGGGGGCUUAAAAGAGAGGGGGGGCGUCUUUAAUUUAGCGAAACGCAUCACCUGUAGCAAAAAUACCGUGGUAUGAGACAGAGUAGACUUACGCGUUGUACAAUUACAGUCACUGUCAAAAGUAUUUAAUUCACUUGUGGGAGCCUAAAAGUAACAAAAACAAAAUUCUUAUUCUUCAAAAAUGUGCUUUCGGCCUCAUGUUCUUCGGUAAUUUUUAUAAGAAUGGUUACUUGUACUGAUUUGUCGUACACAACUUACAAACGAAAAUCGCUGGAAAACUCCUCUUAUAUUUACAUUUUUUAUCUCUUACAUUUAAAUGUUUUAUAUAAACAGCCUUGAAAUUUAUGAUACUAUAAUACUAUAAGAAAAUGGUGACAAUUCUCCACAGAGAACCAGAGUGCAAAGUUGAGAAAGUUAAGGACAUGAAGUUGGAGGUCAUGCGGCCGAAGACCAAAAACAAUAUGAACUUCCAGCCUGAAUAAACCAUAACUGAUCAGUCAGCCACGUUAAUCGUUAAUUGUUUUGUGAAGAAUAAGGAUUGGGGGAGGGGGAGGGGGGGCUUAAUAGAGAGGGGGGGCUUAUUAACUUUCCUCCUCUGAAAAGGGGGGGCUUAUUUGAGAGGGGGGGGCUUAAUAGAGGAUUUACGGUAUUUUACUAUUACUGGGGUAAAGUAAAUCGUUCGUUAUACCAAGGACUUCGUUAUAUAGGGGUUCGUUAUAUCGAGGUUCUACUGCACUACAUUAACAUGCAAUCGCGAAAGGAAAAAUAAUGGAGGCGAAAAAAAAAGCGGACAAUUAAGGACAACGACAGUGCACGAGUCUUAGGUAGACGUACGUUCCCUCGCUAGAAAACAUGACAAGGAACUGUAAGAUGCACCGUCGUUUUUAUCGUCUGUUUAUACUAGAAAAGGGGACUAUGAUCUAAAUAAUCGGUGUUUACUGGUCCUAACGCUUAACCCGGAUGGUUAGGCGUUUCUCUGGGGUAAGAGUUGUUACACCUGUGUUUACCUCUGGGAGUAGGGGUAAGGGUAAUUUGCCCGACUUUACAGUGCUUCGAAAACGGCUUAUCUGAGGUCUAUUACAGUAACUUUACCCGGAAGCCUAGUCGGCGUUUCCUUCAGGGUAUGAGACAGUAUAACCCGUCUUUACGGCUAGGGGUAAGGGUUAUUCACUCGUUGCCGUACACGGUAACGGUGUAUCUUUAAGUCUCUAUUGAGACAGUAGGUAAUGUGUCCACAGCAAUUUCUACAUUGCGCGAACUUUAGACUUGCCCGCAAGUCGUACCACGAAACGCGCGUGGAAUGCCAGAACUAUAACCGCUAUCUGAGACCCGACAAAAGGGAGAAUCGCUAAUUUUCGCUGAGGAAUUUCUCGAGUUUCUAUUUGAUAGGUGAGAUAGCUGAACAGCCAGUGAUGUCGGGAGUAUUGUUAAAGCCUUGGACUUUGGUAAAACCCUCACCAAUAGAUUUUCCCGCGCUUUUCACGGGUUGCUUAUUUAUUUGUGUUCUGAUUGGUCUUUCUCUUACAACCUCGCUUCUACGGUCCCCUGGCCAUGCUGUUUCUUGUUGCCAUGUAGCCUCCCACGCAGGCGUGUGGGGAGGGAAGAAAUACGAGCUCCCCUAAAAACGUCUGCGUGGGAGGCUAGUUGCCAUGUUACGUGAAGAAAAAUAUUGCGGUUGAAAUGACGUCAAGUAGUUGCUAUAAGAGCUUUGUUUCUUUUUUCAUCCAUUUGUUUUGAAAUGACAUAAAAAAGUACUUGUGACCACUGACGGACUGUAAAUGCCUGCUGAGUUAUUUCCUUCUCUAUUUUGUUUUUCUAUCAAACGUUGUUUCAAAUUUACUUUUUUCAUUUGAGAAGAAAGUAUGCCAGCUGUCUAUCAUUAUUUAUGAAUUGAGUGCGAUGACUUUUUUGCAAAAUUAUUUUUAAAAAAAAUUAGAAAAAAAUAGUUUUUCGUUGUGUGGAAACCACCUGCGUAACUCUGCCUUAUACUAAUUUCAAGUUGUCGAAGGCGGCAUCACAUCUUCGCAUCUGAAAGCAUAAAAGUUUUGAUUGACCCCAAGUCGUAGGACACUUGAUUUUUCUGUUUUCAGGGCCAUAAAAAAUUAAUUGAUGAGAGCGGAGUGCUAUAGACGUUUACAUAUUAUUAUUUUUUUCAUUAUUUCUGUAGCUUUUUUAUUGUACUUCCCUUAAAAUUCUGACUCCUUUUAAAAGUUUUGCUCGGUUUGUUUAUCCAACUUUGUUUAAACUGUUUUAUUUUAGUCGGAUUACCUGAACAUUCACAGCUUAAGAGAUCUUACGACAAGUCAAACUAUUAAAGAAUUUUGAACGUUAGAGAAAUCAAAUUUCCCAUGUAUAAUCCCCAAAAUGAACACAACUUGAUCUGGAAUUGAAAACAAUUGCCCACCUUUUGACAAUCUGAUUAACUCGAUCAACAACUAAAAAUAAACAUAUUUGUUUUUUUCUGCACUAGCCGCAGCAAUAGUAUGGCGAAAUUCUUAAAUAUCAUCUGAGUCGUUGAAAAUCUGGAGAAAUUCUUCAAAAUCUACCCUUCCGUCCCCCUUUGUAUCUGCCAUUUUCAUCAUUAAGUCUAUAUCUGACUCUGUAUGAUCAAUGUGAAGUCUUCGAAGAACCCGCCGUAUCCCAUGCCCUUCGAUGUAGCCUUUCUUUUCCGCGUCGAACUCUUGAAACACCCUUUUAAGACGUCGUUCCUUUCUCGAUUCACGCAGGAUUUUUUUGGAUAUCUGCUGAAAAAUGUCAUAAGAUAUAAGCGUGUUUGGUCGGUGUCCCAGGCCUGAAAAUAAACGAGAAAAAGUAAGCUUGUUCAAGCGACGAGUUGACUCGAUGGCAUAUCACUGUGAACCAUUACAGUUUAAUGCUAAGUAUCGAAAUGAUUUAUUUAAAAAUAACUAGAAAUACGUGAACCUCGAGCGGGGGGGAGGGGGGGCAUAAAAUAUCAGGGAUGGAAUGGGGAGAGAAUUGCAGUAAUUUAUGUAGCUGGGGAGGGUAGGUUUCAACAUUGGCUCUAAUAUUGGUAGGUGAGAUGUAGUUUAUCCUAUUUGACCCUCCUACAUUUGUAAUUACGAGAAAUGGGUGUGAUAGAGGAUUUAAUCAGAGAUCGAAAUGAUUUAUUUAAAAGUAAUGAUCCAAGGUCGAUGAAGAAGUCUCUAUAUAGUUAAGUCCUGGAUUACUCUCUCACGGUUGUGUACUAUGUAAGGAUCAAAAGAGUAAUCUUAGCCAGUCAGUGGAAUUGCUAAACUGUGAGCUUUUAACUAGUGUCUAAGUUCAAAAACUUGGGAAAUUUCUUUAUAGACCUAAUGGUUAUCAGAACGUUGUUGAAGAUUCCGAUAAUGUGGUUUGCUGAGAAGUAACCAGUUACCGCUUACACCUUUCACUUGCACCUUUUUACACCGCGCUAAAGAUCAUACUUAUCGAAAUUCCUUUUUUCACAUUCAUGUCCCCUACCUGCGUUAUGAAAGUGUUCUCUCAGUUCAUCUUCUCUGACAUCCUCGCCAAGUUCCCUGAAAACGCUAAUGAGGUCUUUAACAGUUAUAAAUCCGUCGGAAUCUUUGUCAAAUUUGCGAAAAACCACUCUUAUGUUUGCUUGGCGUUGGUUGUUGAAUACUGACAUUUUGAAGCUAUCGCCAAAAACGUACAGCUAUUGCGAGUGCUACAUCGCCCUCAGUACAAGCUCUGCUUUAUCUGAAUUUCUUUUUAUUCGUGUAGAAGGCGGCUGGUGUUAUUCGCAAAACGAGUUUCGCAUUUAACGAGAUGCACAUUGUUAACAUCGUAUUCUAUUGUCAAGCCAACAAAAGAUAACCUAGUUCGUCUGAUUUACAUGCAGGUUUUUAAAAGAAGGUUAAUUACUUGGAUCCGAAGGUGGGCUAAGUACUGAUUUUGGCCUUUCAUCAUUACUUCGCUUUUGUUUUCAAGCUUAUGAAAAUUGAAUCGUUUCUUUUAAGAGUUAAAGCUGGUGGCAAAAUAAAAGAUAAUUAAAUGAAAAUUGGUCAUGUAGCCAAUAUCGUUGGAAUUUUUUUAGAAUAGUACACAGCUGUAAAACGAAAGAAAAGGGUUGUUUUCAGCGUUUAAAAUUUGAUGCUUACUAGAUAUGCUUUAGAUUUAGAUUCAUUGUUUUGGGACUUCUUAGUAAAAAAAAAGUUUUAAGCGUUCAAAACUUGUCUUCGCCAUUUUUCAACAAAAAGUUGCUCGGAAUUAUUCUUAACGUAAGUCAAAUCGUCAGUUGUGAAAAAUUCUUUAAAUGACGUUUACCCUAGUCUCCCGCGCAACCCUUUUUGUCUCCUCACGAAACGCAACGCCCAGCCCCCCGCCCUUCGCCAAUAAAGGAGUAGUGGAAUGAUUUUUUAAGGAAAUCCCAAUGAACGUUUUCCUGGCAGAGAGAAAUUUUAUUUGUUUCGUUUGCAUUGAAAUCUCAAAAAAAAUUGGUUUUGAUAACUUUGAAAAUUAAACCUCCAAGCUGACGAAAUAUUUCAGGCUAGUUUGCUGGCUAGAAAGUACACAGAGUUCUACAUAUUCGACAUAUUUUAAUUUUGUUUAGUAUCUUAUACUUUUUUCCACAAUACUUCAGUAGUAUGUAAUAACUUAAGCUUCAAGGUCACGUCGUUUUUUCGUUGUAAUGUCCUUGCCUCCCAGCAAGCUCUCCCGUUAUGGCGAGCGAAGCGAAACGCGAAACAACGCGCCCUCGCACCCGAGUUUCCUUUCGCGUGCGGCUCUCGCGUGACUUCUCGAGACUCCCCCUAUGUCCAAUCCAUUUAAACGUUCAUCAUUUUUGUGAAGUCUUCCCAACCUACGAGCCCGUCGCCAUCGGCGUCAGCGGCCUUUAUCAUGGCCUCGAUCUCGUAAUCUUUGAAGUCUUGACCGAGCAGCUUGAAGACUCGGUCGAGUUCAGUAACGCCUAUGAAACCACUGCCGUCCCUGUCGAACACCUUGAAAGAUUCCAGUAAAAUAUCUUCCGGAUCACAGUCUUCUAGAUUUUUCGUCAUCAGUGCGAGGAAUUCUGGGAAGUCAAUGGCGCCGUUACCGUCUGCAUCUAAAAACGAAACAUCAAGAACAUAUUUUAAACGUAAAAUCAGAACUUAAGAGUCCCCAGAUCUCAUCGAGAGACACGGAAAAUGUAAUUGGUGGCGAAUUAGUCCGAGGUAAACUUUCUGACGAAACGACAGAGACACGCCGUGGCUCGUAAAGGGAUGAAAAUUACGCCUGCGAACAAACUCUCGUGGUAAGCAGAGAGGGGGGUCUUUUCCCUCCCCCACCCCCGACCCCGAUGGUUGGACAUUUUGGUCGUUCAGUGUUGGUUAGCAUUCAUGUUCGCGCGGUUUUUUUCUUGUAAGGCAAUGUUUACACUAUACCGAAGAGCUUUUUGUGUCGACACAAAAGGCUGUCCGGUAUUCUGUGAACACUAUCCGAUAUGUGACUCUCCAGUUUAGAGAUCCGCGCGGCGCAGAUUCGCUCAGUCAGAGAAAUCGCGUAGAAAUCACCGUUCUCAUGUGUGAACAGAAUCCCUGUCCAGUAUGGUUUUUGUGGCGGCGGAAAAGCUUCCCGUUUUAUUGUAAACAUUACCUAAGUUUUCCUAUUUCAGUAUGUUAUGUACUUUUUUUUCCCCAAAAUAUGAACGAGGUUACUCAAAACGUUUUAUGAAGAUAACGACAGAGAGCUGGCGCAACCUUCAUACUUCAGUUUACCUAUUUGGUUCAUCAUGUCCAUAAGUUCUGCUUCUGUUAUAUUAUAACCAAGCGAGGUGACCAGUUUUUUCAGUUCUGUGGCGGUAAUACAUCCGUCGCCAUUGUUAUCAAAAACAUGGAAGGCUUCCUUUAUCUCACGAAUUUGAUCAGGAGUUAAUUUCACUGACUUCAAGAUCUCUUCUUCGUAUUUCGACGCUCGGUGUAGGUAACUGUUGCUUUGUUUACUUGACACCCGCUUGUCUUUUCUUUGGGACUUGUUUUCGGCUUCUUCGGCGAAUAAAUCUUCGUCCUCUGACAACGAAAGCCGAUCGCUUUCCGAUUCGUCCAGUGUGUUUUCGGUGAGUUCCGAGGUCGACAAUCGGGCACUUGUCGCUGAUUGUCGGCUGGAGGACUCGCUGUUUCGCGUUUUCGUAAAACUGAGAUUUUUGUCGUCUGUUGUUUCUUUGAGAUUUCUCUCUGAAAUAUAAAAUAAUAAGCAAACACUAAAAUAAAAAUUAAAGUAAGUUUAUUUACCGGCGUUUGUCAUACCUUGAAAUGUAAACCAAUUUUUCACUUAGAUAACAACAUUUACACUUUGCAAACAUUGGUAUGCAGUGUCACAGUACAGUAAAACCCGCUUACAAGAAACCUUCGUUUCUCCAGCUUUUCCAAAAACGUUAUUUGCUUAUUAUCUACUGUAAGGAAUAUAGUUUCAUGAAUUAGCACUACUUCUCAAACUUAAAGAUCAUGAGAAAACAGAAAUAAGCAACAACUGAAAAAAGUCUUGAUAUUAAAACAAAUUCUCUACAUUAAUAACAUAGGAAAUGUACGAAACAGAGUGUGGAGAAUUGCAUGCUGAUCUCAGUAGAGCCCUUUAAGGGUUAUCAAGGGUUUUAUGUUUUCACGCCUUUUUUCUUGUUCAGGUUCAAACAUCGAAGAACUCCCUCAAUUAUGAAGUCUUAAAACUGUUUUGGAAACCCGAGUGGCACAGCGCCACAGGGAAGCACCGACUGCUUGGCCUGGAAACCUGUCUUUCGAGAGUAUAAACCUACACUUCCUAGAAAUUCAUCGCUAUACAGUCAUGAGCUGUAUCUUAACCGAGAUAUGAAUACUGUUUGUUUAUCGGAGUAGGACUAGCACAGUUGGUUAGAGCGCGGCCCUCUGUACGAGACCGAAUUCUUUUCUCUGGUUUGACCUCAAAACCUUUUCUCGACGUCUUUCGUUCUUGUGUAGCUUGAAAAUACCGUAAAACGAAGCACGGGUUAAUUGAGCGUACCGUCGACCACAACGUUGUUAGUCAGUCGAUGACUUUUUCUAGGUAUUGCCCUAAAAUACAGAAGGCUUUCGUAAACUAAGCCCUACCGUAGCGACAGAAAUGAGCCUACCACUUCUCUUACCUUCUGGUAAGCUGGUUUCUCCACUUUCGGGUUCUUCCGCUAUGGACGUAUAACGGCGAUGCAACAUGGUAUUGAUAAAAUAUUUUUAGAUACUUUCAAACCAUCUGCUUCUUCAAGUGUCACUUAAAGACUUCGUGCCUUCUGCAGCUUUUUUUGUUUGUUGAUUAAACGGAUAGCUUCUCAGCUCCUCGCUUUUGUUGCAUACCCGAUAUUUUUUGUCAACUGUACGCGUUGUAGCAGUUAAUCAUUGCACCAGUGUCAAUGAAAUAUUUAAUCCCCUUGUUAUUUAUUUGCACGACUCGACCAAUUGGACAUUUCGCAAUUAAAGUUUAAUUGCCUUUCAAAAGAACUCGACCAAAUUCCAUUAUUGUCACGAGAAAAGUUCAGAGUGCUCGUAUGAGUUAUACCAUUGUGCUUUGUUUCAGUUUUCAAAAACCUUUAAAAUUGCCUUCAUCUCCAGCUUUCUUGAGCAAAGAUUUUACAGCAAAUCGAUAAAAUAUCAGUAAACGAUUCUUCAUGCUCCGUGAUGGGUAACUAUUUUAAAUUCAUUUAUUAUACCUUGUGUCUCUUUACCUGACUUAUUAAAUGCAAAUUUAGAAGUUGAAAUCUUCCGGAAAGUAAACAAUAUCAAAGACCUUUUGUUUUGCCAUGGCAUUUUCUUUCAAAAUCGAAGGCGUUAGUGAUCUUUUUAUUGCCAGAGGAGGUCAUGUGGCCCGUUUUAUCUUAUCUAUAGUUUUUGAUACAUUUGGUAGGUUUGCCCCCCGGGGGAGGGGCCCUCCCUAUAAUGGCCUAUACGGGAAGGCUCCUUCAGAAAGGGAUACCUCUUUCACGCUUAAAGUACGGUCAAACCCUGCAAAUAUGGGCACUUAAAGGGCUGUCCGUAUUAGACGUAUUAACCGGGUUGAAUUUUGAGAAAAUGUAAGGGCUUUCGUUCCCCUGGGACAAGGAAAACUGUCCGUAAUAACGAGGUGUCCGUAUUAAUCGGGCGUCUGUAAAGCGUAGGGAUUUAAGUCACGUUGUCAUGGUAGCAAAAUUUUUGGAUGACAACAAACCGGUAAAGUCACUUAAAAAUCUAUUCGCACUAUUUCAAACUUCACCGAUCUUAUUCAGUUUCAUUUAAUUUGGCAAAUCCUGGCGAAAUUUUGUUUGGGCCGUAUCUAUCAUUAUCUAAGUUUAGAAAAAGGAAGCGACAAUUUUUGUGUUGUGUUCACGUAUAUUACUCCAUGAAGCGGGCUCGUGAAAUUAGGAAGUUUCAUGUCGUAGUGGUGUAACCAUGGCAAGGAAAUGUACAAAAUAGCGUGGUUCACGUGCAAAGUUGUUGUUUGUUCAUAUAAACAUUUUAUUUUUUUGCCGUUCUUCUUGCCGUCACCGUCGUCGUUGGUUUUGUUGUCAACCAGAAAUAGUGCUACCAUGGUAACGUGACGUCACACUUCUCCUCUCUAUACGGGCACUGUCUUUGGUCCUGUCGAUGGGACCCUGUCAGUUACAGGGUUCCAUCGAUAGUGAAGACUGUCGUUUACAAACUAAUGUUACUAAUUUAUUUUAUUUUACACAUUUCUUUAUCAUCAUAGAUUUUGAUGAAAACCAAGGAACUUGUUCAAAACGUAAGAGACUUUCUCAAAUAGCAGUCCAUCAUCAGACAACCUUAUUUGUUGGCUGAAAUUAUGUCCGGACGAAGUUGAUGCCAAAGACUACUGGUCGGUUAUUUAAACGAAGUCUAACUUAGACCGCGGUUUAGGAGAUCUUUGCACCUCCAGAUCCCUUCCUUAGUGGAUUAUUUUAAGAAGAAAAAUGCUUUUCUAGUUUAAGCCAUAUAUAUAAGCUUUCAUGAAAUUGUUCACGAUAGAUGAUGCGUAGAUUAAAGCGUUCGGCAAACUGAAAAUGGCUUAGAACGCGGUUUUGUUAAACACUGGCUAAUUUUCGUUUAAAUAACUGGCCCUACACUUUCAUGCUGAUGAAUAAAAUGUUUAUCUAUUUUGGGCGGAAGUAAAUUGCCGCACCAACAGAAUAUCAUUAGGGAGUUUAAGCAACAAAGACCGUAACGGCAGCGAAAAUUUCACCCGAAAAGUGAAUCCGCGCUGCUUCAAACUUCAUCGCUCUUAUUCCAACUCUUAAUUUUUUUAAAAUUUUGGCGAUUUUUUUCGGAGUUGAAUUCCAAAGAACUGUACCAAAGUUCAGGAAAAGAAAAAGAAAGUUGUUGUCUUGUGUUCCCGUCCUCGACAAAACGUGAAAUCAUGCACUUUCACUUUGUAGUCGUGCAGCGACGGCAAAAAAUGUACAAAAAAGCUUGAUCACGCGCAGAGUUGUUAUUUUGCCAAUCUAAGAGCCUAUUUACAUGGAGGUGGGGAACCCAGGUAGGUGAGGUAACAUGCGGCGGGUUACCCCAUCUAUCAUUUAAACGUGAUCAAAUUAAAAUGAGAGAUUAUAUGGACAGGCGGGUAACCUCACCUCCCUGGGGUCUCCCACCCCCCUGUAAACAGGCCCUAGAGCUAUUGCUUUUAUGCCCUUCUCGUUGAUGUGGUCCUCGUCGUUGCUUAAGGUCUCUAGGGAGCUUAUUAAGCGACGACGACGGCGAUGUCAACGAGAACGUCAGACGUUCUCGUUGCCACCGCCGUCGUGGUUGCUAAAACUCCCUAUUAUUGCAGUGAACGGCAGUAAACAGUCUACCUUCCAAUCAUGCGCCUACCAUGGACAAUUUUCUGUAAAGAUGCGCAGUGCGUUCUUGACCGAGUCUGACCACAAUAUUGGUGACUUAGCCAAACAUAUGUAUUUUUAGAAAGAAAAAUUAGUUCAGCUUUAUUAGAGCACUGAAGAGUUAAAGUUCUUCUGUAAUGCCUAUAACUAGUUCUUCCAUGGUGUCUGGACUUUUGAUCAGUUAACAUUUGGGAUCAUCAUACGUUUCUGGGAUCUGCCCACCUACCCCUCCCCUAAGCCAACAUUAACACUUACUUCUCAUUAAGGGCAAAAUGCUGGCUUAGGGGAGGGGUAGGUAGGCAGUUUCCAAACUGUUCUCAUGUUAUUAACUGAUUGUUUAUAUUGUUUUUAGAUGGGUCUUGAUGUGAUUUACGGUGACACAGACUCCAUCAUGAUCAACACGAAUUCUAAUGAUCUCGGUGAAGUCCGCAAGAUAGGCAACAAGGUGCGUGUACUUUCAGGUCUUCGAAGGGGUUAAAUCAUAGGAGCGAUACGGUAAAAACCCGCGUAUAAGAACCUACGUUUUUCGAGGCCAAGAAGGUUCUUAUAAAAAUGGUGCUAACUUGAAAAUUAAUAAAAAAAUUACCUUUUUAUUCGAAUAAGCGCCCAACCUUGAAUUAGCGCCCACCUCAAAUAAGCGCCCAGCCUCGAAUUAGCGUAUCAAAUGAUCUACGUUUAUGUCUGCAGUAGAAGGAAAAAGGAACACUUAAUUGAUCAAGCUUGCAAUUUACAGUUAUCUUUUUCGGGAGCAAGGAAGAAGCACCAAUGGGCCUCCCACCAGUGUAGCCCGGGUUCAAAUCCCGACGUCGAGGUUUUUCUCCGGGUGCUUCUGUUUUCCCCUCUCGUCAACAACCAACAUUUCCAAAUUCCAAUUCGACGAAAAAUCAGGUAGACGAAGAAGUGAACUACUAAGUGGAUGUGCUACCUUUAAAGCAUUAUUUAUUUAUAAAACCGUAAUGUAAUAGUGGCCUUGUUUUUUGUAUUUUAGGUGAAAAAUGAGGUGAACAAGCUUUACAGAUUACUUGAGAUAGACAUUGAUGGCAUUUUCAAGUCCAUGCUUCUACUAAAAAAGAAGAAGUAAGUACUAUACGACGGAGAAGACAGCAUCAUAAAUUGAUCACGUUUCUCUUCGUUUUUUGAUCUUUUUUGCAUGUGCUUCUAGCACUCAUCUUUAUAUGCUCUUUUUUAAGGUAUGCUGCCAUCAGUAUUUCUGAAAAUGAGGAUGGUAAGUUAAUAAUCAAGUGUUUUUGUAAGCUUUUUUUUUCACUCUCAUCGAUACGAAUAUAUUUCAUCUUUUCAGGCCUCCUUAAUGAAGUGAAAGAAAUGAAGGGUCUGGAUAUUGUGAGAAGGGACUGGUGCGACCUCGCAAAGGAUGCUGGGAAGUAAGCUCUUAUUCCAUCAAUUAAAUAGGCUGUUUCCAGUUCCAAAAACUCUGUAUUUCGAAGUGAGGCUCACUGUAAAACCUUUGGUGUGAAAAUGAGUUAAAUUUACAUGAGAAUUAAAAAUCAUGUUCAUGGUAAUGGUUUUGCACUUAGCCUCGCCUCGAAACAGAGGCUUGAGGUAACUCAAAAAUAGCCUCUUAUUAUUUACGUAAGGUAUAGCAGUCUGAAAAAGAUCUUCAAUAUAUUAUCGAUUGUUCAACGAGACCAACUUGAAAAGAGAACGGUGCCGUGGGCUAAAAAAAAUCAAUGAAAGAAGGAGCCAAACAAGGUUUUAAAAAAGAACCGAAACGAAAGAUAACAAUUUGAAUUCCUUUGUGGAAAGCGUCAUGCAAAUAAGCAAGGGACAAAAUUGAAUUUUUACUCUGAAAGCCAUAUAAUUUGUUACUAAAUAUGUUGCAACACUCUAUUGUAGCUAUGUUCUGGCUCAAAUCCUUUCUUCACAAGCCCGUGAGACUAUUGUGGAAAACAUUCAUGACUACCUAAUGUCAGGUAUGGCGGCUGCCUUGUGGCUACCAUCCGUGUUAACGUUUAUUACUGUUUGAACAAUGACUUGGUGGAAUCUUUUUAAUGUUCGACACUUAACCCUAUAACAUUUUGUGCAUCGUACUGAUAAACAGUUACGACUUAUACACCUUACCAGCAACAACAAUUUGCCGUCUGUCCUCUUCGAAUAGACCUCUCGUAGACCAUCACGUUUGGCUCACCUCGCCGGAAAAGGUACGCUCCUGCGUGGCAGGCGUUUAUAGGGGAAGGGAAGACGUGAAUUCGGGCGCGCGAGGAGGGUAAGUAGGGAACAUGAGCUUAAAGCGUCAUUGCAGGCGCUCACUAUUUCCCCCUCCUCGCGCGCCCGAGUUCCCUCUUCCCCUUCCCCAAUUAACGCCUGCCACGCAGGCUAGAAAAGGCGCGAAAAACCUGCAUCCGUUGCCAAGCGCGGGAAAGUUUGCGCCAGGUAACGGCCUCAUGUACAAAAUGUGGAAAAAUAUGUUCCGGGUCGUUACGUUCCAGCUGUUAUGAGUGUAAUAACUACGCUGUUCUGUUUUAUAAGUUUGAUGUUUCCCAGGCGGGGGAAGAGAAAAUAUUAUCAAAUAGAUGUCCCUGUCUUUAUUAAGCUUAAAAUCUGUUUUCCUUCUUUUUUCUGACUUUCUUUCCUGUGAUUUUUCGUGUGUUUUAUGGUUUUGAAUUUUUUUCUUAUUCGUCAGUCGGAGAAAACGUUGCGGAGGGAAAGGUCGACAUUCAGAAGUUCGUCAUUAAUAAGGUUUGAUAUCCUUUGACUAAGUCAUAAACUUGAAAGAUAAACAAAAAACCGUUGACUCUGACUGAUAACCUUUUUGUAUAUUUUACGGUUUUGGAAAUGAUAACUAAAAAUCUACGACUACAGCUCUCUUUACUAGGUAACGCCGCCUACAACGAAAGCGAAAGUUGCCUAGAUCGAGGUGCCAGACCUGGGCCCUACAACACGUGACUGUCAUGGUAUAGUGUAGAGCGGUAGCGCUGGAUGUAUAUCACGUCAUUCACCCACCCCUCUCCCACCCCACCCUAGACCAAUAACCGAGAAAAUGAGAAAAAAUGCAGUUUUAGCCCAAAGGUCGGUAUUUUGUAGAGUACUUUUUCCAGAUUUAACGCUUUAAUUUUCUUAGAAGGGCUUGUUUCCUGAACAAACUGUGUGCCGUUUUGACACAUGGUGAUCAUUUAAUUGCAGCAACUAACCAAAUCUCCCCAUGACUACCCGGACAAGAAAUCACUGGCUCAUGUUAACGUUGCUUUGCGCAUGCUCAGCAAGGGAAGGAAAGUGAACCCUGGUGACACUAUCCCAUACGUCAUUUGUGACGUAAGUACUAAGUCUGUGCUCAUUUUGCCGGCUUUCGGGAAUUCGAACAAAAAAACGAGAAGUCCAAAUCCUACUGCAAAGCUGAUCAUAACAACGUGUAUUGCCUUUUUAUAACAAUAUUUCCGCUGGCCAUACCAGCCUUCUUGAAGUUUACAGAUGUUACUGAAUUAUGAUAGAUGGAGAAUGUCGCAAUGAAAAUUGUCUAAAAGGGAGAGGCGGAAAUGACCUACAACAUAACAAAAGAAAGUAAAAACUCUUUAGGAUAUCUAGCCGAAUUUUUGAAAACCAAACUAACGAAAUGUGCCUUCAUUGGAGCGAAAAGGCGUCAAAAGACAGAUUCCUUGGGCCCGAGAAGCUCCAAAAUCACACUAACGAAAAUGAAUUCUCCUGAGAUGACGUCACAGACAAGUUCUCCACCCCAGCUCCCUUAAUUAACGCACUCGCAGGGAUCUCUGCGUUCCAUUUUUACAUCUCCCAUAAUACACCUUGUUUACCCCCCCCCCCCCCAAAAAAAAAAAAAAUUUGCAUAAGCAUUGUCUUCAAUUCUCUUUGGACGACUGUAAUACCCAGGAGAAAUUGAAAACAAACGUUAUGCAAAUUGUUGGGGUGGAGGGGCAAACAAGAUGUGCAAAUGGUGAAUAGGCUCUUCAUUCACGUGGUAGAAAUCCGCCUCGCGGGAUAGCAAGACACUCAUUGGGACAAGAUUGUUUGUCUGGUCUCAAUGCGACCUUUGCUCUCCAGCAUGGCGGUUUCGUACCACGUGAAUGGCUAGCUCCAAAAGUCCCAUAGGAUAUCGCUCAACAUUAAACAAAGAAGGAAACCUUGGAAUUUUACCAAUCGCUUAGUUAGUAAGUCUUUUUUCCAAACUGUUUCCUUUAGGAUGGUUCCACCUUAGCUGCAAGUCAGCGAGCUUAUCAUCCGGACGAGUUCUGCAAAUCUGAAACACUCAAGAUCGGUAUCCUUUAAAUAUAUUCCCGUUAUUAAGAACAAAACCAAAAAGACACUUUUCGCGACGACAUCACUGUUUUUCGCGCGAAAUGACGUCAGAAGAAACGAGCGCAGAAAUUCCAUACUAAUGACGUGUCACUACCCGGAUCUAGCUUCUGACUGUAUGAAGUAAAUUUCCAACCAAUCAGAAGCAGUACCCAGAUCUGGUUAGCAACGCGUCCUUAGCAUGAAAUCUCUGCGCUCGUCCCUCAGACGUCGUUGGUGGCAUCACGAAAUGUCUGCUGUUUUCUCAGGCUACGAUGGGUGCUUAAAGACGAGGGUCGGUUCUACCCUGGAUAUUCUAUUGUUAUUUAUGACAUGAUAACAAAGUGUGCGAAUAAGCCUAAAACUGGGCGAAAGCAAACUCGGGCAGGAUCAACUCCGACUUAUUCGUUGGGUGGGAGGGUGGACGAACAGUCUCUUACCUUCCGCGACCUCGAGAAGAGUGGUGGAUUAAAACAGUGGUAGCUUCUUUUUUUAAGUCUUAUAUGCAUAAUUCCCAGGGUAUUAAUUACCAAUGCAAGUCGGUUGUUUUUCACUCCUUGACGUAUUUAUAUCCUAGAUGUGAAAUACUAUCUCGCUAAUCAGGUUCACCCAGUCGUAGCUCGUUUGUGCGAUCCCAUCGACGGCACCGAUGCAGCUCAUAUUGCCCAGUGUUUAGGUAAGUAAAUUACCGAUUUAACUCCGCGCCUAGAAAACGCCUUGCAAUGCAUCUAAACAAAAUGUGUCCACUGAUUAAGUCUGUUUAAAGUAUUAACUUCUUUAGUGUUUUCUUGUAUAUUGCAACAACGGAAUGACCUGAUAUCACAGUUUUAUUCUCCCUAGAAGCCUCGGCUAGCUCUUUCUUUAGGGUAAAAACUCAAAGGCGGUCUAUCCGUAUUUGUGGCUUCUGGCACGGACAACUUUGCCUCUACUCCUACACCGGAAGCAGUUUUUCUUAAGUUCUCUACUUGCUAUCUCUCGUCUCAUUGGUUCAGAGCCUACAGUCAAUUUUGGAAGUCAGCGCAACCUUCAAAUCUGUUGGUUGCGAGCUCAAUGCGUGAUUUCCAAGAGAAAUGUCAAUUUGUGUUUUGCGCGACGGUUCGUUUGUCGUCAUUUUCUUUAUUUCUUACCAUUCAAACCGCUGCACUGAAUUUUGUUAUUGUUGGUUUUUCUUUUCAACGAUCAGCAUCGUUAAACGACAACCCUGUAAAGACGACGAGAUUUCCGUGACCGUAGAAUUAACGGGUUUUUACUGUACAUUGAGAUUCCCGUGAAACUGAAUGGUUAAAAAGUUUAUCACCAUUUUUUUUUUCUUUGCUGCGCAGGCCUGGAUCCUUCUGGUUAUCGUGGCAGCUCUGCCCUUCAUGAUGAUGAAAAUGACGCGUUGCUUGGUGGCCAGGCUCAGAUGACAGACGAGGAAAGGUUUAAGGUCGGUUUAACUAUAAACACUCCCCCCGCCUCCCCAGAAAUGAUCAAAGUCAAAAUUUUACAAAAUUUCCCAAUUUAAUUUUGUUUAAUGAUGAAAACCAGAUAACAGCAUAUGAGAAUACUGAAGAGGUUUCAUUUGAAUAGUAACACCAUAGGAUUUUGUCGACGGAUUCAAAUCAUCAGCAGCAUCAUACAUCAUCACCUUUAUUUAUCCUCAGAUUUACAGUGUAGCUCUUUAAGCUAAUAUCUCCGAAAUAGAAGAAAAUAAAUCAUUAGCCUAAAAUAAAUAAUGAAAUAAAAUAAAAUAAAUGAAAGGAAGUUAGAAGUUGGAACUACAUACUAAAUAAAUAGUACCAUGUGAAAGUACUGCUGAAGAGGUUUCAUUUGAAUGGUAACACCAUGGGAUUUCAUCCACAGACUCAAAAGUUAGAACUACAUACUUAAUCAGUAUAUAGUACCAUGUGAAAGUACUGCUGAAGAGAUUUCAUGUGAAUGGUAACACCAUAGGAUUUUAUCCACAGACUCAAAAGUUAGAACCGGCUCCGUCUCGAUCACUCAAUCUGGGAAUUAAGGUGAAAGAAAUGUUCUGGACUGAGACGUUUCGUUUUAACGUAAAGUGGAUUGUGUCUGAAAUCGGCAUGUUCUAAAAUCCACAAGACCGGAACACAAAAUUUGAGGGCGGGGAUAAACAAGGGGCAUCAUGGUCUUUGUGAAAAUGGUGAAUAGGUAAAAACACAAAUAGAAACCCUAACCCUAAUCUGUACCUUACUUGUUUCUCAAGGAUUGUGAGCGAUUUAUAGUCAAGUGUAAACGCUCCAGCUGUGGUCAAGAAACGACCCUCGAACUCCUCUUUAAAGGCGCCGUAAGUACACUUUUAACAGUUAAUGUUCAUUUACAGUUUAACAUCAAAUGAUAUUAUUUCCUUCAGUCAUAGAGCUUAUAAUUUAUACUAUUCAGGGGUAUAAAGUUAAGCACAUUCAAUGCAUGAGUUCUGCUGAACAGAGAUCUGUAAAUUAAAGUCAAAUCCGCAAUUUUCCAUAUUCGAAAACCAGCAAUGUCGAUCCCAAGCCUUUAGCAGAGGUAGAUGUAGUUUAUGCUCUGGAUUAAGGAUUACCAACAGGGAAAAGGUACAUAACCGUUCAAAAACAGAUUUAACAAGCUUUUAAAACAUUUAUAAUUGUUGUUUUUAUUGAAGCAACCAAACGAAGCACAUUACAAGGUUGUAUAGUUGAAAAACCACAAGUGCACAACAUUUGUGGAGAUACGCUCGUGGUUACAGAAAGUUUAAACUUUUUAAAAUUCGUUUAGUAAGAUAAGGACCUAAAAUUGAACGUAAAGUUUUAGGUCUUUUAUACUACUACAUGAGAAAUUUCUGCAAUUUGAUUGGCUUAGAGCAGUGGUAUUUCAGCUUAAUUUGAAAUACCUGCAUGUGAAAAUUACAAACCGUUUGCGGGUAGUAGUAUAAACAAAUAAUUGCACGAUUUAUACGUGAUAUUUGGCAUAAAUACCACUCGUGAUAUUUCAAAAUUGUCCAAAAAACGGCUUGAAAUUACGUAUAAAGUUUUAGGUCCAAAUAUCGCUACAAAUCAUGCUAUUACCUAUACAAAUUAAUACUUCGCACCAAUUUUUUUGUAGUCGAACGCAUUGGCAGUCAACGAUACAUGUCCCGGAUGUAACAAUCAGUACAGCGCGGGCGCAGUUUCCAACCAGUUGAACAUUGCCAUGCGCAGACACAUCAAGGAAUACUACAUGGUAACUGAAGCAAUUUUGUGAAGUGCUCACUUUUUGCAACUGCAGUUGUAUACAGCGGAACCUCGAUUUAAAUAAGUGCCAAGGGACUGGGGAAAGUUGUUCGUUAUAUCGAAAACCUCGAUAUCACCUCGACACAAGUUUUAUCCUUUCGCAUUCAUCUUUAGUUAUCUUCCGGUCACAUGCUGACAUUUAUUCGUUAUAUCGAGGUAUAUUUUACGUUUGCGUUUCUGGAUUGUGUUCGUUAUAACGAUGAUUUCGUUAAAUCGAGUUUCUGUUCCAUACAUUUUACUGUAAUUUUGGCCAGGCUGAUGAAAAUCGUUCUUUAUACCGAGGACUUCGUUAUAUAAAGGUUCGUUAAAUCGAAGUUGCACUGUAAUAAAAAUAACAAAGCAACUCGUACGGCUUUUUGGUAGGCUAUACAGCAUGGAGCAAGGAUUAGUACUUAAUCGGUUAUUUCACGGCCUUCUGUGCAGGAGGGUCCGAGUUCGAUUCCCAAAUGUGACCCCAAAUCCUUCUUUUAACUUCUUUCCUUUCCUUGUAGCUUUAAGUAGCUUUAAAAACCCUUAAAACGGAGCACUGUUGUUCGAAGGCCGAUUAGCGCUAACCCAGGGUUAAAUUUUAACCUGGGUUUCUUUUUCUUUUGUUCAAAAGCAUUUUCCCGGGGAAUUUUCUCUCUCUUUUUUAGAGCAUCCAAUCAUCAAUUGUAGGCAAAAAGAAUACAACUGAAUUUGCUUCUCAAGCUUUCAUAUAUGAAAUCAAAUUUCGCACUAACCCUGGGUUAACUUAACCCUGCUUUGAACAACCCGGCCCAGGAAGUAAAAGUGAGCUAACGACGUAAGCUACGGAGGAUUUUUAUACCUUUACCUAUUUAUAUGCACUUCUUGCUUAAAUGGGUAAUAGAUCUUCAAAUGCGACCUUUGUUCGAGUAGCAAGAAUGCGACCAUCAGCAAGUGUCGUACCCGAGAGGGGUUAGAUAAUGAUGCUAAUCUUAAGGAUAUUUCCAUCAGUUAGUAAAAGUCGUUUUUAGCUGUAUGUUUUGUUUUCCCAAUUUAGACCCUUGACCUUAAAUUGUACAAGAAUUGUUUCUUAACCUUGCCUAAACAAGUUUGUGCGUUCUCUUAAGUAACAAUACUAAGAUGGCUGUGAACAGUCUCUUUGUUUAAAAAUUCCUUUGUUAUUAUGUUGUUGAUUUUUAUCCGGCUUUGAAGACAUAGGAAUCAAAACUAACCCACAUUAUAACUAAUCGCACAGGGUUGGCAGAAAUGCGAGGACCCGUCCUGUGGUUACAGCACACGUCAGGUACCCCUGACACGUCAACGAGGCGCCCCUCUGUGCCCACAAUGCUUCAGGGCCCAUUUGCAUGCAAUGGUGAGUAUAAAACUAAAACAAAGACAACUAUGACCGUGCAAAAUUUUUCUUUGACUCUGUCGGUAUUAUCAGCUAAAACUAUGUACAAACCGACGAGGUCAACAAUGUUUGGAGUUUUUAACCUCCGUGUUGGCAGUGGAGUGCACACGGAUGCAACAACUCCCAACAAUGUUAGGACCUGCAGUGCAUCGUGGGAAGGAUACAACCCGUAAGACUUUGAAGACCAUGUAUAAUCCGCGUGCGUGGCCCCAACAAUUUAACAUUUCGUGGUCCAGCUCCUUCAGUGGUUGACAAUUUGUUUUGUUUUCAGUACUCCGACACAGCGCUGUACACUCAGCUAUUGUAUUUCUCCCGCUUGUUUGACUUCGAUCACGCCGUGAAAAAUGCAAAAACAGGUCAGUAUUUUGAGUAAGUGCCGAGUGUGAGUAAAAACGUUAUUUACCCACGGUAGUUUCAUCAAAAAACUUUACGAUAAAGUAUCUGUUCUUCUCAAAAGCCGUGCUUAAGAAAUCAUAUUACAUAAAAAUAUGUUAAUAUCUAAAACUAAAGCGGAUAAGAAGAGAUCGCACACUAUAUAAACUAAGAAAGGAGAGAAUUUAUAAUGGUUGACUGAGAUAGUAUGUACGACUUGAUCUUCGCCUUGAAUUUUGCAGAAAAGUCUCUUUCUUUGAACAAGAAGGGAGGGAACCCCAAAGCUCAACAGCCGCAAAAGCAAAACUAUUCUUAAAAUAGUUUGUUCUUGCUUUGGGCAGGUAGAAGGACAACUUAACCUUCAAGAGUUCAACGCUUACGUUUGUCCUACGUUCGCUUUUUACGUGUUUGAACGGGGACGACUCAAACGCAAGCACAAUUGCAAGGUGGAAAGUGCUCGACUGUCAUGUUGGGUUACAGAAUGAUCACGUGCACUUUUGUAUCUCUGUGCCUGUGUUUGCGUUGGACGUGGGAACUUGUCUGCCUCGAUCCUAGGCGUCUCAAGUGUGUUUGGAAAACGGAACACGCGACUUCAAGCGAGAGUAUCGCGCAAUGAGCCAUGGAACGUUUAGCGUUGACGCAAAGGGCGCUGGGAAGGGUGAACGCCUUUCCCAUGAUACUAUGAUCCAGUCGCUCUUCCAUCCGCCAGAACGCACCUGGGUACGAGGCAAGGAACUUGUGCUUCCGCUGGCAAAACAAAUAUUACAUGUUUCCAAGGAAGUUGUAGAAAGUGCAACUUUUGUCUACACCAUAGAAUAAAAAAAAUCUUUAUUAUUAUUAUUAUCAUUAUUAUUAUUAUUAUUAUUAUUAUUAUUAUUAUUAUUAUUAUUAUUAUUAUUAUUAUUAUCAUUUACUGAUUUAUUUGAUUUGACCUUUAAACAAUCUGUUCAAAUUCUUUUCGUCUGUUCUUUUUUUAGCUGUGGGCGUAACACAGACUACGAAGUCAUUUUACAAAGCUGUACACUCAGUGAUUACCAAAGUCCUAACUGCUAAUGGUUACUCUGAAGUGAACCUUUCGAAAUUGUUUAAUAGUUUCUUCGUGUAGAAACAGUGAAAAAGUUUAUACCCUCCAUUAGCCAAUCAGAAGCAAAGCCUAUAUCAGUGAUGCGUUGCACGCGGUUGCCGCACUUUGCUCUGAUUGGUUGGUUAAGGCUAGUUUCUCUCAUGUGCACUUUUCCACGAUUUCGUCUAAUUGCCAGUUUUCCGCUAGUCAGUCAGUUCCCCGCCUUAGCAACCUGGGCUGAGUAGCUCAAAGCAUGGUUAGCUUUAACCAUUGGUUAAGCAGUAUCAAAACCAAUACGUUGUCAAGGUAUUAAACGCUGGUUAACGCUAACC